AUGCUUGGGCCCUUAUUUGAAGAUCUAAGGGGCCCUCCAAAGUACAUGCUCUUGCAAAUUUCCAGGGGGAAUCUGCAGAGGCGUGGUGAUAAAAUAAUUGACUCGGAUGAUGAAACAGAAGGAGCAGAAGCACCUUUUAACCAAAAGCUGUUUGGAAUUCUCAGAAUAUACUACACUUUGCUUGAUUCUUUGAAACGGGUUUCUCUGGGGAUUGUGGCUGGUGCCUCCUCAGGAAACUGGUCUGGUAAAAGUUCUGCAAUCAUCCUACUGUGCAUGACAUCUUUUCAACUCUUCUUCAUGGUUCUUAAGAAGCCAUUUAUUAAGAAGAAGGUUCAGUUAGUUGAGAUAAUCUCAGUUUGCAGCGAAGUGGGCAUUUUCUCUACUUGUUUGGUUCUCUUAGAGAAGGAAUUUUCAGCCAGGGAGGAGAUGAAAAUUGGGAUCUUUAUGCUUUCAUUAUUCUUUCUGGCUUUUAUGGCCCAAAUGAUCAAUGAGUGGCAUGCUUUGUACAGACAGACAAAACAACUGGACACUGCUGGGGACUCUUUCUUGUUGGGUUUGAAAACAGCUUCAAUUGGACUCCUAUUCUUUAUGCCACAAGGGCUAAUAAAAAACCUGGAUAGCAAAUUUUCCCUGAACAAUCGUGGGGCUGGAAAAACAGGGGAUCCUGCUUCAUUUGAUGAGAGGAAUACGAGCUCUAGCUCUGGUGGUAGAACCUCGGGUGAUAAACCAUGGCUGAGACAACUUAGAGAACUAGCAAAGGCUAGCUUUAGUAAAGAAAGAAGUGGAGAUCCAAAUGUUCCAUCGACUAGUCAUUCCAAAUGGAGCAGCAGGUUCUGGGGUGCUAAGAGAAGUGGGAGCUCAUCUACGAAUUCUUCAUUGGAUUUCAAGUCAAAACCGAGAGGGUUGUACAAAGAUUUGGAAGCCAUUUUUGCAUCUAAGUGA